CUUGGUUACUGAACAGCUGUGUUUUUUUUUCUGUAACCAAAGCGCGCCAUUUUUUUUAUCAGAGCUAGAAUAUCUCUAUUAAAAUAAUUAAUUAUUGUUCGGAGUUAUUUCGUUGCACGAAUGUCGUCUGGCAACGACUCCAACUUUAUUGAGAAGAUUCAGGCGAAACGAGUGUACGCUGACAUACCAACUGGAUCUGAUAUUAGCGACAAGUCAUCGUCUGCUCUUGAGAGUGACGGUAAACGGGGAAAUAUAAGCAAGAGCUUAUUUCCGCAAAAUGAGACGGAAGAAGAUGGUGAAUUCAAGACAAUGAGCGCUGACUAUAGCGAGUGUGAAAAUGAUAAAGUGAUUGACCUAACAAAUGUUAACUUCAAAGUGCCUCCAGAGAGAGAAAACCUACAAAGCGACGAACAUCCAUCCAAGGUAUCCGAGCUACCAUGUGAUAUCUUCUUUCUAAACGAUGACACAUUUCUUCAAAAGUUUGAAACCUACGACCAACUAUCGGGAUAUCUUGUGAAUGCGUCAACACAAGAAAAACCCGGAAAAAAAACACCCGAACUGCUAUUUGAAAAGCUUGAGCAUCUUCCUUUAAGAAAUGCAGAGCAUCUGAUAAGUGUAGGAGAGUUUUUGAAAAAUCUGUAUGAAGAUGAACAACUGGUUGAUGUCGUCAUAGACGUGCAGGGUAAAACAUUUAACGCUCAUCGUAUUGCCCUUUGUUGCUGCAGUGAUUACUUCACGAAUUUUUUCGAACGCAACGAUCGGGACAAGCUUCCAUAUAACAUGAAGAUAAAAGGCGUUACAAUUCAGGCGUUUGCGGCUUUUUUAGAAUACUGCUACACAGGGGAUAUAACCGUCUAUCCUUCAACUGCUGCCGAUAUCAUUGUCAUGGCCGACUUCUUAAAAGUCGCUGAUCUCCAAGGACGAUCUCAUACAGUGGCGAAAAGUCUGCCAUUGGAAAAGAGCAUUCAGAUGUUAAUACAAACACAGACAAAGUCAUCGGGAAAACUGUACAAGGUUUUAUUCACUCAAGUCCUUCAUUCGUUUACGGAGGCCUCCAUGGUUGACAAUUUCUUUAAAAUGGAUGUGUCACUCCUUUGCUGGCUGCUUGAGUCAGACGAGUUGGUAGCUCCAUCAGAAUAUGAUAUAUUUACCAUUGCACUGAGUUGGAUCGUACAUGAUGUAGAUAAUCGUGUAAAAUUCACAAUGCGAAUAUUGUCGUUUAUAAGGUUUAAUUGUAUGAGUCGACAGGAGUUAUUCCUUUGUAGUGAAACUACAAGUUUGAUGCGUGGAUAUGACAAAUUUCGAGAAAUGCUUCUCAUUGCAAACUGGAUACUAACAGCCGACAAUCUUGGACGCAAUGACCCCUUCAACUUUCCACGGCCUAAACCAAGACUUUGCUUCCUCCAGCGAGGAGUUGCGGUUACAACACCUGUCAACAGCCCGAAACAGCAAGCUAAUAUUACGAUACGAAUGCCGCCGCCUAUUAUGACGUCAACACCAAAACCAUAUCGAAACUCAAAUGCAACGUCACCGAACGAAAAUUACAAUGCGUCAGAUUUCAUGGACAUAUUUGUCGUCGGCGGUUUUAUUUCCGACGGCAGCACACAACAGACAAAAUAUAUUGAACGAUAUGACAUUGUUGAUAACCAGUGGUUGCAGUUCUCUGGUUUGCCGUCACCAACACGCCGCCAUGCCGUGGUAUCCCUUGGCAACAAGCUGUACCUGAUUGGUGGAAGUGAACCUUGUAGUAAGGAUGUACCUCCUGUACCGAGAAACUCCGUGUACAAAAUGGACAUGGACACAAAGAAAUGGACACAGAUCUGCGAUAUGAAUGUUUACAGACAUAGCCAUUGCGCAUGCGCUCUGAACGGACGAAUUUUCGUCAUAGGUGGCAAAGGAAAAUAUGAAAGCAUCUUACUGUCUGUUGAAUGCUAUGACCCGGCGACGGAAGGUUGGUUCUUUGUUCCAUCAUUACCAAAGCCAAUAUUCGGCGCCAGUGCAGCAGCCCUAGGCCCUAAUAUCAUUGUAGCCGGUGGGAUAGCAUGUGAAGCUGAGAAACCUUCGAUAUUAUCCGUACAAAAUGUCGUUUACAGUUUCAAUCCGACCUCAGCUGGCUGGACAAGAUUGCACCAAUUGAGGUUUCCACGAUGUUUGUCUGCACUUGUGAACGUUGAAGGCAGACUGUAUUUGUGCGGCGGUGCUACACAGUCAAACGAUUCGAAGACCACCCUCUGUAGUGUUACCGCUGUUGAUAGGUACGACGCUGUUAAGGACGAAUGGAAUCACGUGACCGACAUGGUUAUACCGAGACAUGACUGUGGGGCUGCGGUCGCAGGAAGCCGUAUAUAUAUGAUCGGCGGAGUAUCAAGCCCACCUGACCGCGUUCUACAGUCCAUUGAAUGUUAUGACACGAUGGACCGUUGCUGGGUUUCUGGAAUUCAGGAUUUACCUUACCCAGCUCGAUGGAUCUGCUGCUGUUCUGUUCCUUCUAAACCAACCAAGCAAUGAACUUAGCUUUACAGAACUCACAUUUUGAACUUACAUUUUACACGGAAACUUU